AUGGAAGAAUUAGGUAUUACACCCUCAGUAGAGAAUAUCGUUGACGAAAAACCAGCAAUUAGAUCAUAUGAUACCUUAUUGUCUCAACUCAACAAGGAUAAUAAUAAUAAUACUGCAAAUGGAAACUCAGACAUAUACUUAAAACUCAAGAAAUUAGAAAGAGAAUAUGAAUUGCUAACCCUACAAGAAGAUUACAUUAAGGACGAACAACGUCAUUUGAAACGUGAACUUUUGCGAGCACAAGAAGAAGUGAAAAGAAUCCAAUCAGUUCCAUUAGUCAUUGGACAAUUUCUAGAACCAAUAGAUCAAAAUACAGGUAUUGUAUCAAGUACUACGGGGAUGAGUUAUGUCGUUAGGAUACUUUCAACCUUGGAUCGUGAAUUAUUGAAACCAUCCAUGUCUGUUGCCCUACAUCGUCACUCUAAUGCAUUAGUCGAUAUCUUACCACCCGAUUCUGAUUCUAGUAUAUCAGUCAUGGGAGAAAAUGAAAAACCGGACGUCACGUAUGCAGAUGUUGGUGGGUUAGAUAUGCAAAAGCAAGAAAUAAGGGAAGCUGUAGAAUUGCCUUUAGUGCAGGCUGACUUAUAUGAACAAAUUGGUAUUGACCCACCAAGAGGUGUGUUAUUAUACGGUCCACCAGGUACGGGGAAAACUAUGUUAGUUAAAGCUGUUGCCAAUAGUACCAAUGCAUCAUUUAUAAGGGUUAACGGUUCAGAAUUCGUGCAUAAAUAUUUAGGUGAAGGUCCAAGAAUGGUCAGAGAUGUGUUUAGACUAGCUAGGGAGAACGCCCCUUCCAUUAUCUUUAUCGAUGAAGUCGAUUCCAUCGCCACAAAGCGUUUUGAUGCUCAAACUGGGUCAGAUCGUGAAGUUCAACGUAUUUUAAUUGAAUUAUUAACUCAAAUGGAUGGUUUCGAUCAAUCCACAAAUGUGAAAGUCAUCAUGGCAACCAAUAGAGCAGAUACUUUAGAUCCAGCCCUAUUAAGACCAGGUAGAUUGGAUAGAAAGAUUGAAUUUCCAUCUCUUCGUGACAGACGUGAACGUCGUCUAAUUUUCGGCACUAUUGCAAGUAAGAUGUCACUGGCGCCAGAAGCAGAUUUAGAUUCUUUGAUCAUUCGUAACGAUUCGUUGUCAGGUGCUGUUAUUGCUGCCAUCAUGCAAGAGGCUGGUUUACGUGCAGUGAGAAAGAACAGAUAUGUCAUUCUGCAAAGUGAUUUAGAAGAGGCUUAUGCAGCACAAGUGAAGACAGAUAGUGAUGUCGACAAAUUCGAUUUCUACAAAUAG